AUGGAGAAUCCGGACUUGCAGGAUUUUGUCAGGAUGUCGGUCACCCCCCGGCGUGUCCGCCUGAAGCCGUGGCUGGUGGCCCAGGUGGACAGCGGACGUUACCCGGGUCUGGUGUGGAUUGACCGGGAGGCCAUGCGCUUCAAGAUCCCGUGGAAGCACGCCACGCGACACACUCCCCAGCACGAGGAUGAGGACACCAUAUUCAAGGCAUGGGCCGUGGAGACCGGGAAGUUUCAGGAGGGAGUUGAUGAACCUGAUCCUGCUAAGUGGAAAGCCCAGCUUCGAUGUGCCCUGAACAAAAGCCGAGAAUUCAAGCUCAUCUACGACGGCACCAAAGAGGUUCCCAUGAAUCCUUUAAAGAUAUACGAUGUCUGCGACAUCCCACAGCCCUACAGUAACCAAGCCUCCUCAGACGCUGGUUCUCGGACUCCAGAUAACGACGAUGGGGACGAUUUUCCACACACACCAGAUUCCCCACCUCCAUAUCCUUCCAAUGGUACCAGUCCAUCUCCACUUAUAAUGUGGUCUCCCAUGGGCUCAGAGUCGUCCAUGCACCCAUCCAGUUGUCCCCCUUCAAAUGAGGUCUGGCCCAAAGAGGAGCCUGCAGAUGUGGAGAUGCAGCCUACACCCCUGGUGGACAUGCCUGUCGCUCCUAUGCCCGAACCUUUGCUACAGCCCACUUCUCUACCAGACGCCUUAUUUGCCUCUCCAGAAAUGUGGAUCAGUUCUCUCCCAAUGACUGACCUUGAGGUGCAGUUCCUGUACAGAGGGAAGGAAAUGUGUCCCACUGUGACCGUGAGCAACCCGCAGGGCUGCAGGCUGUUCUACGGAGACCUGGGGCCCAUGGUUAACCAGGAAGAGCUGUUCGGGCCUGUGAACCUGGAACAGUUGCGCUUCCCAACAACCGAGCACAUCACCAAUGACAAGCAGAGGGUCUUCACCAACCGCCUGCUGGAUGUGAUGGACCGAGGGCUGAUCCUGGAGGUCAGUGGCCACGACAUCUACGCAAUACGUCUCUGCCAGUGUAAGGUCUACUGGUCUGGCCCUUGUGCUCCAAACCCAGAGGCAGCAAAUCUUAUAGAGCGGCAGAGGAAGGUCAAACUUUUCUGCCUGGAGUCUUUUCUCAGUGAUGUGAUCGCUCACCAGCGUGGCCAGAGACCAAACCCUCCUCAGUUUGAAAUCAGUCUGUGUUUUGGAGAAGAGUGGCCCGACGGCAGACCCAGAGAGAGAAAACUUAUCAUGGUCCAGGUCAUUCCUGUGGUGGCCCGCAUGAUAAAUGAGAUGUUUUCUGGCGAUAGCACCCGCUCAUUUGACAGUGGCAGUGUUCGCCUGCAGAUUUCAGUCCCAGACAUCAAAGACAACAUCGUAACCCACCUCAAACAGCUUUACUGUCUACUUCAUACCAACCAGGGCCAGGAUGGCUGGGCUUUGCCCCCUGGCUCAGGCCUGAACAUUCAAAGGGUGUGUCAGAACAAAAUGUCCAGGGGUGGCAGUCCCUUCGGUUUUGACAGCAGCACCUAUGCAGGCUCCGUCCAGUCCACUGGUUACUCGACUAUGGAUGAGGCAUCAUCGGAAAUAUCGAACUUGUCAAGGCCAAGCGCAAAAUCAAUUUACUUGCAGAGGAGACAGUACGCCACGUCAGUGAACAAGAUGAUCGACAAAUUUCAGUACAGGGUGGAGCAUUUGUUCACCUGUGAUCUGGACGGGAGGGAGCUGACGGGCAUCUCGGACUGCGUGGAGCGCCUGCAGCUGCUGGAUCAGAUGGGUCGUGUGUGGGCGCAGAGCAUGCUGCUGGAGGUGGACGGCGCCAACCUGCUGCUCACAGACAUUGAAACCAAGGAGGAGCUGGAGUCCCUUCCCUUGAGUGACAUUCAGGAGCUCAGGGCUGUUUUGGACGCUGAAGUGUAUAACUCCCUGCUCACCGUGUCAGUCCAGCCAAGAAGAAAAAACCUGACCACAGUCUAUCUUUUCCAGUGUGACGACAUUAGGGCUGACUACGUUCAAAGGGACCUAUCGCGAGCACUGUCCCACAGGAGGUCAGGUCCCAGCAAUGGAAGAGUUACAGGUGGAACUCCUAAUAAUAUGGCGCCAAGGUCCAUUGCUUCAGACUAUGGCUAUCCAGAGGAUGAUUUUCCAGAUCCUGAACUGCGCUUGCUUCAGGACGAGGAAGAAGAGUACUUGUUUUCAUCUUCCCAGCCCCCCACCCCUCUGUCUCCUCCUGGCCCGUACACAGAGUUCAACAGGAAUGUGGAUCUUUUAAAUCACAUUUUAGAUGACGUAGAAAUCUUCAUGGGGAAAAUAGAGGCUGUGGUUUCCAAAAAAGCAAAGAAAAAGAAAAAAAACAAGAAGGGGAAAGUUCUGGGAGGCAUGCCGGCAGCAGAGGAAUUUACAGAAUGUCUCCAUAAAAUCAAAUCUGGCUUCAACAUUUUGGGGGAUCUCAAAGGAAAACUCCAGAACCCCAGUGAUUCUGAGUUGGUCCACUCCUUGUUUUCUGCAUUAGCAUUUGUGGUGUCCCACUGCCCCGAAGGCCUGCCGCCGACCAUUGUGGCGCCCCUGCUGACCCCUCAGUGUGUCCGUUUCCUGAGCGAAGUGGCAUCCACAGAGGAGGACCAGCUCUGGCAGUCUCUUGGAGAUGCCUGGAACAUCCCCAGCACCCAGUGGCCAGAGGAUGACGAGGACAUCCCAACGUACACACUGCAGUUUUACGACGGUUGGCAGCCCCCUGAAGUAUCUGAAGCACCUUUAGACAGUCAGCCUGAGAGCAGACAGGAGAGUCCACGAAGAACCCCAAUCCUGGAGUAUUCCCAUCAAAGGACACAGCCCACACAGUCACUCAGCACAAACGGGCAGGCCUACAGCAAAUGGAAACCAGCACCUCCCCCACAAAUGCAACGCCCGAGGCAGGAGAAAAUGCGAGACGUGUGUGUGAAGUAUGACUUCAUUUCAAGAAACCAGAUAGAGCUCACCAUCAGGAAGGGAGAAGUGGUUGAGCUGCUGGACAAGUCGAAGCAGUGGUGGAAAGUGAGGAACAACAGAGGGGAGGAGGGCUAUGUGCCCAAUAAUGUCCUGGAGGCUGAGGACCAGACGCCUGACGAGCACAUCGAGGUGAAUCCCGUCUUAACGAGGAAAUCCAGGCCACCAGAAGUGAAAGCUUGGCUGGAAGACAAGGGCUUCAGCCAAAUCACCGUGCGCUGUCUGGGCGGCCUCAGCGGCUCGAUGCUACUUGGGAUGACUAGAGAAGAACUAAAGAUCGUGUGUCCCGAAGAGGGAGGGCGGGUCUUCUUCCAGUUACAAGCAGUCAAGUCCACGUUGGCCCUCGCCAGUUAG